CUUUUUAUUAAUGUAAUCCAAAUAUGAGUUCAAUUUCUACGUAAAGAUUUAACUUGGAGAGUUGUGUGGCACAGCUAGCAUAGUUUUUUCCACAGAAAUUUUGUUUUGCUCCUUCAUUAUUAUUUAUCACCUUUCCCGUUUUCUUUGCCCACAGAGAGAAAAAUGGAAGCAGCAUGGACCAUAAUUCUGACACUUAUUCUGAUAGUACUUGUUCUGAUAUGCACAUGGAGAGUGCUGAACUGGUUAUGGCUGAGACCAAAGAGACUCGAAAGGCUUCUGAGAGAGCAAGGCCUUCAAGGCAAUCCAUAUAGGCUUUUCUUUGGAGACUCCAAAGAUGUUCUCAACAUGAGAAAAGAAGCCUUAUCCAAACCCAUGAAUCUCUCGGAUGACAUAGUGCCACGUGUGUCUUCCUAUGACCAGCACUCUGUUAACAAACAUGGCAAGAAUUCUUUUAUCUGGCUUGGACCAACACCAAGGGUGACCCUCUUAGAUCCGGAGCAAAUCAAAGAUGUAUUUAACAAGAUCAAUGACUUCCCAAAGCCUGAUUCGAAUCCACUUGUCAAGUUACUAGCUACUGGUGUUGCAGGCUAUGAGGGAGAAAAGUGGAGCAAGCACAGAAGAAUAAUCAACCCCGCUUUCAAUUUAGAAAAGUUGAAGAUUAUGUUACCUCUAUUCUUCAAAAGUUGCAAUGAUCUGGUUAGCGAAUGGGAAGGAAUGUUGUCUUCAAACGGAUCAUGUGAAAUGGAUGCAUGGCCUUUUCUUCAGAAUCUGGCUAGUGAUGUCAUUGCUCGAUCAGCAUUUGGAAGUAGCUACGAAGAAGGAAGAAGAAUAUUUCAGCUACUAAGAGAGCAAGCUGAACUUUUAAUGAAAGUUCUAUUGAAAAUUCAAAUCCCUGGAUGGAGGUUUCUACCUACCAAUACCCAUAGGAGGAUGAAGGAAAUUGACAAAGAUAUAAAAGCUUCACUCAAGGAUAUGAUUAACAAGAGGGAGAAAGCACUAAAGGCGGGUGAAGCCACUAAGAAUGACCUAUUAGGUAUACUUUUGGAGUCAAAUCACAAGGAAAUUGAAGAACACGGAAACAAUAAGAAUGUUGGAAUGAGUCUUAAAGAAGUAAUCGAGGAAUGCAAGCUAUUCUACUUUGCAGGGCAAGAAACCACUUCAGUUUUGCUUGUUUGGACGAUGGUGUUGUUGAGUAGGUACCCUGAUUGGCAAACACGUGCAAGAGAGGAAGUCUUGCAAGUCUUUGGGAACCAAAAACCAGAUUUUGAUGGACUAAGUCGCCUAAAGAUUGUGACUAUGAUUUUGUACGAGGUUCUUAGAUUAUACUCACCGGUACUUGGGCUUACUCGAUCUGUUAAAAAAGAUAUUAAACUUGGAAACCUAACAUUACCUGCUGGGGUGCAUGUUUUUCUCCCAACAAUGUUGAUUCACCAUGACUGUGAAUUAUGGGGUGAAGAUGCUAAGCAGUUCAAUCCUGAGAGAUUUUCCGAAGGAAUUUUAAAAGCAACAAAUGGUAGAGUUUCGUUUUUUCCAUUCGGAUGGGGUCCUAGAAUAUGCAUUGGACAAAACUUUUCCUUAUUGGAAGCAAAGAUGGCUUUGUCUAUGAUUUUACAGAAUUUCUCGUUUGAACUUUCUCCAGCAUAUGCUCAUGCUCCAACUAUGGAAAUUACUCUACAUCCACAGUAUGGUGCUCAUAUCAUUCUACGCAAAGUGAAUAAAUGAAAUGAAAUAGUAGGCUCUUAUUGUAUAAUUUUAUUAUACAACUACAGUAAAGCUUAUAAUGUAAUUACAAAACCACUUCUUAUCUUAUAGAUAAUAUCAUAUGUUUAUGAUAAAUAAAAUAAAUACUA